CGCUACGCCUGGUCCGAACCCUCGAUGGCCAGCGUGACGGAAAAGCGCCUGCUCGUCGGCUUCGACGACCUGGGCAUCCCGGACUGGACCCAGGUGGAGUUCCUCACCUUCUCUCGGGAAAUCAGGCUCUGUUCGCUGUGCGGCGUCGUGUCCGUCACCACAGCGACCAUCUCCUGCGGACACGUCCUCUGCACCUUCUGCUUCCGCGACCACGGCGAUGGGACUGUCAUCAACUGUCCCGUCGACAAGGUUCGGACACUGGCUGGAAAGGCCAACUUUGAGCGCAACAACACAGACCUGCUUCUGUCGUUACGAGUGGCCUGUGUGAACCGGCGUAAUGGCUGCCGCCUUCUUGACAGCCUACGGGAUAUGAAGGCGCAUCUGAAGCAGUGUGAAUUCCAGGCAGUACAAUGCCAGAUGUGUGGCAAGAAGAUCAAGUUGCAUGAGGUACCAGGCCAUGCCCGUAAAGAUUGCUCGCGCAUCCACAAGCUUGAAAGUGGCAAGCGUGUCAUUGCUCCACCAGUAAUUCAACAGGGAGCUUCCCCGGCUACUGAUGGUACAGUUAAACUAUUAGUGCCAAUGCCACAAACACACACAACUCAACAAAUGACGGCAGCGUUGAUGUUGAACCAAGGCGCGGAGAUGCAGGCAGUGGUAACCCCUCACACGGUCCCGCAGAUGCUCGUUCAACGACCACUAACGUCUGCUGCAAAUCACUCAGACUCGCUACAGCAUGGGGAGAUUGUCUUGCUUCAGCAGAAAGUGGGCAAGGUGCAUGAAGACGUCCGCAGGAUGGCAUCCAAAAUACAAGGACUCAAGGAUGAGACAGCCCGAGAAUUGGAAAGCUUCAAGAAAGAGAUGCAGAAGUUGAAGGGUGACAAGGGGGACUAUGGAGCAAUUGUGAACGCCCUAACGGGCCUUAGGAGUCAGAUGAAGGGGAACAUGACUGCAGUGGGAGAGGAGUUCGACAACCUCAAGGAAGGGAUGAAGGUGUAUGAAUCUAGCCUUGAAAAUGUUGGGUCACUCAAGGAGAGAGUAGAUUCAAAAAUAGAGGAUGUGGUAAAGGACAUUGAAUCCCUGAAGCAAACGGUUGAAUCCUGCUCAAAUCUCAGCAGCACCGUUAAUGAGAUGAAAACUUCGAUUGCUGCCAUUCAAGAUAUGAAGUACGUGUCAGAGUUUGUGAAUGAUUUUGAGCAGACCCUCGUGGGAGACAUCAAAGGGAGUUCGGGCGACAAGAAGAAAGCCUUCACUCAGCAAGUGGAGAUGCUGAAGAAGUGUGUAGGGGUUAUAGAUGAGCUGAAGACAACCGUCAAGCAUAAGGACAUGGAAACAGUAGUAAAUGAACUUAGAGUCAUCCGGGAAGAUCUUAGUAGAUACAAUGCACUGCAUGAGAAAAUGGAAGGCAUCACUACAGAUUUGAGUGGACUGAAGGAAGUUGUGAAAGAAGCUGGAGACUUUAAUAAGAGUGAGCCAUCACUCUCUGAAGAAUGCCGGCUAGAACUCGAGAAGUCCAAAGCUGAAAUUGUGCUCCUCCAUGAAAAAAUCUGCAAUAUUGUCAGCGACGUAAAUAAGCUGAAGGGCAACUCAGAAGCUACCAAGGAACAAGUACCCUACGAGGAGGUUGUGACAGAAGUAUGCAACUUAAAAACCAAGCUUGAGAACUUCGAUGCUCUUGAGGAUUCUCUUCAGGAGACCAAAGAAGAUGCCUUUGCAAGAUAUACUGCUCUGUCAAUAGAAUUGAACGAACUGCGUGAAAAGACAUUAAAAGCAGAGGAGUACCAGGGCAAGACUGAAGGAACGGAAAAAAAGGUGACAGAACUUGAGGCAGAGCUGUCUAAUCUACGCACAACAGGCGACGACAUCCACAGACUGCAAGUAAGCCUCCAGACAUUGAACAAACGCUUCAAUCGGAAGUUAGAAGAGCUACAACUUACGCUGCAGACCUCAAUAUCCGAUAGACUAGAAAAUGUUCAGAAACCACAUGAACUGGCAGAUCUGAAGUUAUCUGUGCAAGACAUAAAAAAAGAGGUUCAAAUGCUGAAUGAGCUGAAAGCAUCUCUUUCCCUCAAGGACACAUCUAGGAAAGAAAAUCUCACUGAAAUAACUGAGCAAGUCAAGACUCUGAAUACCCUUGUGAACUCCUUGAAUGAAUCAUCCAUACUGCUGCAUGAGAAAAUGAAGAACCUUGAGGGACUGCACACUGCCAUGGAUAACAUCAAAGGCAAUGCAAAAGAGUACAAGGAACUCAAGAAGAACUUUGCAAAGCUUAGCAAGACAGUUGAGGAAAAGCUUUUGAAGAUUGAAGAGGCAUAG